AUGAUAGCAGUCGAAUCUUCAAGGCAUCACCAAGGCCCAUAUUUCCAGGAUUUCUCUAUCGACCCUGCCCUGGUCGACUCCUUCGGCUUCAACGUGGACAACCUUGCAGCAUAUGGCCCGCACGACCCAGGUCUAACCCAAGCCUCCUACCAGAACGCUGGCUUUGGCGAUUCCUAUCCUGAAAUUUCUAAAUCAAAUGGUUUCCCCCUUAUGCCUACCACUCCUCCCGCCAUCCCAAUUUCCAACUCCGAGCCUUACUUGUCGGGCGUAUCGACCGCCUCUGGCCCUUCCAUUGCUAGUGCUUCCUCGUCCGCCAUGGGCUCCCCAUACUCGGCCAAUGCGCAGAACUUCCAGGAGGAGUGGGUGGAUACAAACCACGGACUGGGGCUUCCUGGUGCAGUUAUGGGUGACCUCUUCCCUAAUGAGAACAUGGUCAACCCUUUCGACUCGGAGGGAUUUUACCAGAAGAAGUCAGACAGCUUUGUUGACCCAUCUCUUAUUCAACCCAUGCAACAACAACCCCAACUCACCCUUACUCCACCUGCUAUCUCGUACCCCGAACAAUCCGACUAUACCCUUGCCCCCAAUGGCUUCUACCCUCAGUCACCUGAGCCCUCUCAAUUCCACCACCCAGAGAGUUAUAUGCUCAAGCAGUCGUUCUCGCAACAAUCCAACCUUGUACCCCCAUCGCCAAUACUAUCUGGCCCGCAUUCUCGCCCUGUGUCGAUAUAUGAUCGCCGGUCGUCAAUAUCGUCUAUUCACUCUCGCCCUUCACAGGCAAGCCCCGGUGCCAGUGGCAACGAAUUGGAUGAUGACACCAAGGAGAAGGGUCGGUGCCCUCACCCAGAUUGUGGACGUGUCUUUAAGGACUUGAAAGCCCACAUGCUCACUCACCAAUCCGAACGACCGGAGAAGUGUCCAAUCGUGACUUGCGAGUACCACACCAAGGGCUUCGCUCGCAAAUACGACAAGAACCGACACACCCUUACCCAUUACAAGGGAACGAUGGUGUGCGGCUUCUGUCCUGGAUCAGGCUCGCCCGCGGAGAAGAGUUUCAACCGGGCGGAUGUUUUCAAACGCCACUUGACCUCGGUUCACGGCGUGGAACAGACCCCACCAAACUGCCGCAAGAGGAGCCCCGCUGCUUCUUCAAAUAAGAACGUAUCCGACUACUGCCAGGAUGCGACCGGAAAGUGCUCCACUUGCUCGGGUACUUUCAACAAUGCUCAAGACUUCUACGAGCAUUUAGACGACUGUGUCCUUCGUGUGGUGCAGCAAGAAGAGCCUAGCGAGGCAAUCAACCAGCAGCGACUAGCUGAAGUUGAGUCGGACGAGGAGGUGAAGAAGACCAUGGAGAAGCAUAAACUACUCGACACGGCUGGCUCCGUCGAUCGAUACGACGAAAACGAUGAUGACGAUGACGACUUUGAUGAUCAACGACCAGCCAAGGGCAGUGCAAAGGCAGGCAAGGGGUCCCGCGUGAUCCUGGGGAAUAACGCUGUCUCCAAGUAUUCAUCGAACGGCAAUAACAAAGGCCGUAUCACCGCGUCCAAGAGGAGAAGCAACCGUGAUCGAUACCCUCAGUCCUGGGGAUGUCCCAGCAGCAACAUUAAGAUGAAGAAGCGCGUUCUCUGCGUCUUCGAUGGCCAGCGUCGCCUAUGGAAGGACGAAAUGAUGCUCGAUAAUGAGUUUGAAGUCCGGCUCAAGCUGCCCGGUGGCGCUGGAGAUGGUACCAACCGCGACGCCUACAUCACCGACCUGGACGUUGAGACGAUGAAGCGUGCCAACGGUAUCCUCGGUGCCAGCGAGGAAGAACGCGGCGCUUGGGUUGACGGGCCUUCGAGACAGUUGAUCGGACAACCGGCGAUGCUGCUCCCUGACUUUUCUCAGAACCCCGAGGCAGAAAACGUGGACAUUGACGAAUUGAUGUCAUGA